UGUGUGUGUGAGAGAGGGAGUAGCACCGCUGCCUUUCACUGCUGUGUAUCCAUCCUUCCCUGCACAGUAGCCAGGGGAGCUGCAGAAGAGGAGAAACGAACGAGGUUUGUGACACUCCACUUGAACACAACCACCGUCUGCUGCAAGACUGAGCAAAAUAUAAAAAGCUGGCUGUUUCCACCCAAAAAAACAUGGCGCACCAUUUCCUGAUGAGCCUGUGGUGAGCCUUGUGCAGCCCUGUCACGCCCACAGCGCCCCCUUUCCGCCCGGACGGCCCACCACGCCCCGGUGCAUAUGAAAGGGUACCAUGUCAGCCGUAGCAUGUCCCAGCAUUCCUCUGGUGGUGGCGGAGGAGGGCCCUGCCACUGCACCCCUGAGGACUGUGACGGCCCAGGCAGAGACUACUAUCACGGUCACAACGAUGGCCACUACUACCCUGCGGGAAGUGCGGCCGAGGCCUUGGCGCUGGAGAGACAUCAUUCCCACUCCCAUUCACAUUCUCAUAGCCACUCUGGUGGGGGCACCUUCCCCCGCUCCCACCUCAGCCAUCAUCCGCCACCCCAGUCGUUUGACUCGUGCGAAGACUGUUUGUCAUCAGGUCACGGAGGUAAGAUGCACCGCAUCCCUCCAAACCUGAUGGACCAGUUUGAGAAGCAGGUGCCCUUCCACCCUGAUGGCUUCCACACGUUGCAAUAUCAGCGCACCACCAGCGGGGGCGCUGAGCCACGCAGCGAGAGCCCCUCACGUAUCCGCCACCUGGUCAACUCUGUGCAGCGUCUCUUCGCUAAGUCUCAUUCCCUGGAGGCCCCAACCAAACGGGAGUACAACGGCACAAGAGGAAGUGGGGACUACAGAGGUGAGAGAGGAGGAGGUCACAGGAGUGGUGGGGAGGACGGCGGGGGUCACUACUCUGGGCACCAAUCUCGUUCUGCUCGGAGGAACAAGUCCAGAGAACGCAGUAAGAGCGGGGACUCUCGGCACGAGUCUGGGAGACGACACCGUAGCAGGACAGCUGGCUGGUGGAGCUCUGAUGACAACCUGGAUAGUGACAGCAGCUUCCUGGUGAGUGGCGGUAGGAGGGCAUACCCCAGUGGGCACGAGAGCCUCGAUGCAGCCAUCCAGGAGCUCACCAUGAAGAGGCCCAAAGAGCGAGGUGGUGGACCAGCACCCGGGGAGUGCAUGGCCUGCACCACUAUUGCCCUGGCCGGAAAUGAAGGAAGUGGACACCACGGUCACCCUGGUCAUUCCUUGAAGAGGAGCACGUGGUCGGCCAUGACAGUCAGUCAGGCCAGAGAGGUGUACCCUUCCAGGGGGGGCGGAGGAGGCUAUGAUAAAGCCCUGGUGCCUAUUGAGAACAAACUGAAGGAAAGGACACUCCAUUAUCUGCAGGUUCCUUCAGAAGACUGGGGUGGCGGAUAUGGCGGCGGCGCCGCCACAGACAGCGGAGGGGAGAUUCCCUGCCGCCGCAUGCGCAGUGGCAGCUACAUCAAGGCCAUGGGCGAUGACGACAGCGCCGAUUCAGACAGCAGCCCCAAAGCGUCACCUAAGUCCACCUUGAUUGCCCAGAGGGACGCCUUCAGACGAUCCAUCAGCAUGGAUCAAAGGUAUUCGUGUAAGCAGUGUACAGACUCCUACCCUAACAGCCGAACCACACCCAAGACCCACACCCGCUCCCGUAGCUACACCCGCUCGCUGACCAGCUCACAGUUGGGAGACACCCUCAACCGACAGUUUGAAGCCGUGUGCGAGACCAUGUUCGGGGAGGUGGAGUCCCAAGCGGUCGAGGCCUUGGAUCUUCCUGGGGUGUUCCGAACGCGCAGCCACAGUUACGUCCGCGCCAUCCAGGCCGGCUGCUCCCAGGAUGACGACUGUCUCUCCGUCUUCUCCAUGUCAGGUCCACAGGGAAGCAUCAAGGGCGGGGCUGUCUUUCCUUAUCGCAAAGGUGCUCCUCCCCCGCUCCCACCUCGCAUGUCAAAAUCUUCGCUCUCCGUGCGAGCCCAGAGCAGCACAGAGUCCACCCAGGACGCCUACUAUCAGAGCAGUGGACAGCUCGCCGCAAGCCACAUGCGCCCCAAGCAGCACAGUAACUCCGUGGACCUGGGCUGCACAGACGGACCAUCAGGACGCUCCUCCAGAGUGGGCUACUACACGGCCACAGGCCCAGGGCGUUCCCGGCAGCACAGUAACUCAGCAGAGAGCCUGGAUGGGGGGAUCCGGGGAUCGCGGGAGCUGGUGCCCUACGGAGGAGGCCCGGGAGUUGGCGUGAGGGCCAAACACAGCAGCUCGGCUGACAGUUUGCUGGAGGGGCCGCCGAGGCCAGCCCGGGAGAGGGACAGUCGGGUCGGGGGAAGCCUGGGGAAGUCAGUCUCACUGCCUCAGAACAGCAUUGUUUUGAGUAAAGCUGGAGGGCAGGAUGACGGAUGCGGCGGGAGGAAGUGGAGGCCAUCCAUUGCUGUGCAGGUGGACAGCUCAGAGACUCUUUCAGAUUCAGACGCCGAGGGCAAAGCUCUGACAGAGGUCCACUCCAUAGGAGUCCAGGUGGAAGAUGACAAAAGACGGGCCCGUUUCAAGCGCUCCAACAGCGUGACGGCGAGCGUGCAGGCAGACCUGGACCCCGAGGGCUUCCCAGGGCUCAGUGUUGCCGUGCCAACGCAGGACAAGAGCCUGCAGUUUGGCUGCUCCUUCCAAAGGCACUCGUCAGAGCCGGAGUCAGCUGGCCAGUACACAGAGUGCCACCGCACUGUGCAUACACAAGGGCAGUGGGCCUACAGAGAGGACUUCAUCCAGAGUGGCUAUACCACCGAGGCGUGUCCAGUAGACCCACGGUCGCAUCAGCAUCAGCACCUUCCUCCACGUUCCCACUCCCCACUGCCCCUCACGUCUGAGCGGGCGUGGGCAGGGACGCCCUCCCUGGAGGGCCCCCGCAGCCUCCCCGACUCGGGCCGAGCCUCCCCCUGUAUGAGAGACGGCGAAUUCUUCCUGCGCCUCCUGCAGACUGAAGUGGAGAGGAUGGAGGGCUGGUGCCAGAACAUGGAGAGGGAGGCGGAGGAGAACGAACUCCCAGAGGAAAUUCUGGAGAUGAUUCGCAGUGCAGUUGGCAGCGCCCAGAUGCUCAUGUCUCAGAAGGUUCAACAAUUCUUCCGCCUCUGCCAACAAAGUGUGGACCCCUCUGCUUACCCCCAGCCCACCUCUCAGGACCUAGCAGGCUUGUGGGACCUCCUCCAGCUCAACAUAGAAGACAUCAGGGUCAAGUUUCAGGAUCUCCAGAGGCUCAAAGACUCUGGUUGGAAGCUCCCCCCUGAAAAGAAGGAGGAUAAGAAGCUUCCUCCCCCCUUACCAAAGAAGCCGGCGGGCGGGGUGAGCGGCAGCCUUAGGGCCGAUAGCGUCGGGGAUGGAGGUAUCGGUGGCGGGCCGGGAGGCCUGGUGGUGCCUCGUGUUGGGGGACACACCCUACCUAUCAGGGAGAAGUCCCUGGACCUCGGGGACCGUCAGAGGACAGAGGCAAGGCGGAGGCUGCUGCAGACCAAGCGUACCGCCUCCUUCAGGCAGAAUUCGGCCACAGAGAGCGCAGACAGUAUCGAAAUCUACAUUCCCGAAGCCCAGACUCGACUCUGAACCCACCAUUCCCCACCCUACAGACCACUUCCUCUAGAAUAUAGCAUUUCAUUCAAUACGCUUCCCAUUACUACAAAUUCAGUUCUCAAGCAGUAACAGCCGUUCGUGUGUCUUGAAAAUUGCACAUAUUACUGACACUGAGGCCUAAAAGAAAAAGUAGAGUAGCUAGCAGAUAUGAAUUACCGCCUUUUUGUAUUUAUUUAUCGUUUUGCUGUCGACAAACAAGCAACACUCGCUGAGGCUCUCGCACUAGUUAGUAGCAUGCCCGGGCGUGUUCAGCUUGAGCAUCACUGAAAAUAAAGGGCUUAACAGGCACAAAACCUCCGUGAUGGGAGAUGACAAGACUCUCCGUAUUCAAACUCCUGGAGGAAAAACUCAUAAAAGGAAAAUUUGCCAGACCCAGCAAGAUGUAUCCAUACUCUUCACCGACACUGCCAGUAUGGAUAAAGAAGGAGGCCCUUAAAGUCAGACCUUUAGCGCUACAGUACACUAACAACAGCCGGCAUCCUUCACCUCAGCACCCACAAGUCACAAGUUAUUAAGUUAUUGAUUCUUUUUGGAUUGUUUUGUUUGCCUAACCACCAACCACAUUCAUAACAAGAAGCAAUAGGGCCACAAUGGAAAGAAAAAUGCAAAGAGUUGUGAUGCUAUGAGAAUAAUGUGGUAAUAUCAUGAAAUAAAAGUUAAACACUACUGUAGAUUAAAAAUAGAAUAAAAGGAUUACAAAAAUAGUAUUUUCAAGAAAAAAGACCUAAUGUUACGUGACAAAAAAAAUUUAUUAAAGCCAAUAGCCUCACGUAAUUUGAAGGUCGUAAUGUAACAAGAAAAAAGCAAUGUUACGAUAUGAAAAUCUUUUUUCAAAGAAAAAGAAUAUACAAGAGUAAAGUUGAUGUUAGUUAGUGAGAAGAGUCUGACUUCUUUUCUUUUCGAAAAAAGUCAUAUGGUUAACAGAAUGUUAUGGGAAUUCAAAAAUGUAAUGUUAGGAGAAUUAUUUCUAGGAAAACAUAAUACUGUAGGAGAAUACAGUCAAAAAGCUACAAGAUGUUGCAGGAAUAAAUGCAUUAAUAUAGCGAAAGUUGUCAUUUCAUGAAGUUGAGUAUUUUUGAGACAAAGUAAAAUCUUAAACUUUCCAGAAUUAGUUUCCCAUAUGGUAUGAAAAAUGUAUUUUUUUUCCAGGAAAAAAAGGAAUAUUAAUAACAUAAAAAUCCUAAGACUAGCAAAUAUAAGUAAUAUUUUUUGACAAGAAUAGUUGAAUUAGUCAUCCCCAAACAAUGUGCUAUCACCAGAAUAAAGUUGUAAUGUUACGAGAAUGUAGUCAUCCCUCGUUUCACGGUUAAUUGGUUCCAGACCCGACCACGAGGAGUGAUAUCUGCAAAAUAUUAAUAAAAGGAAUAUUUUCAUAGUUAGAGCAUAGAAAACCUGUUUAUGUUUUACCAUUAUUAGAGCUAUAUAAACAAAUAACACCCCUAUAGUUACCACCUUCCUUGUUUACACCACAUUGCGUAUACGCAGGCUACGGGAUCACUGCAGGGACACACAAGACGGCCGCCGCUAGCAUAGUAAGCUACCGAGCUAACUAGUUAGCCUCUCUAGUAUACUUAUUCUAAACUUAAGUGUUUCAAACGGAGUGAGGAAGAAGGACAAAGUAAGAAGCCAAAAACCGACCACUUCCACACCAAAUGGGAGGAGAACUUGUUUCACUAUGCCAUGUCAGAUAUGCCAUGGCUGACUCCAUGAUUCUAGUGACCAGAAUACUAAAUAUAACGUCUUUCAAUAUUUUUGACUAAUAAUAGGCUACAGUCAGCGAUAAUUAAUUCAUGAAUUACUGUAAUUUUGGAAAAACCGUGAUAGGCUGAGGGAGUGAUGUUCGAACUGCGAUAUAGCGAGGGUCAACUGUAGUCCAAUUUUGGUCCAAAAAUUAAAAAAGAUUACUAGAAUAAAGUCAUUCAGUAUUCUAAAAGAAGUAUUGUGUUUGUUGGACAAACAAAAUAUUGCAAUAUCACCAGAAUACAGUUGUAAUAUUAGGAGAGCAGUCAUAUUUGUUUGAGCAUAAACGUUGUAAUGUUUACAAAAAUACUCAACAAAGAUUAUUCACUGACUAUUGUGGGGGGAAAAAUAGCCUCAGUGUUACGAAAACAAAUACAUUUUAGCAAGUGAAUGUUAGGGAAAAAAUUUUUUUUAUGUGUGUUAAUAAUAACUUCAGAACUUCAUUCUCAUAAGACGACGGCAUACUUAACACUACCAAAUUAUUCUCAUUCAAUUACAACUUUAUCAUUGUUAUUCUAUGAAAUUAUUCUUAUAGUAUAUUUGUUCCCCAGUGUGGCUGUAAUCCUUCUUUGUCAUUUAGCAUUCAGCAGUGAGGCUGUUUGAAUGAGCAAGUUUUUGUACAUAAUGUGCACACUCAUGUUAGCCCAAUGGAGCAUUUGCAGUGUAGCAUCAGAGCCUUGACAGUCAGACGAAGCAUCAUCACUGACAAUAGACGAGGGUUUUCCUUGUUUAGGGGGUGGCCCCCUUUCACUCUGAGACUAUACCACCACCAAGUGGUCACCCUAGGACCCAAACGUGCAACAGCAGCAGAUUAGGAGAAACCCAAAUGACAAAAACCCAUCCCUGCUUGAAAACCUGCUUCCAAAGAGUCAUGAGAUUGAAAAAGAAGCUAUUUGGUCAUUUAUGGAUCUUCAGUGUAGCAUGAUUUUAAUAAUUUGUCAAACCAAAAAACAAAUGUAAGAACACAUGUCCAAUUUGAACACUUUCUAUGACUGUUUUGUAGAAGGCUUGUGUGGACAAAAACCAAUCACCACUUCAGAAUUCAGCCAUUUGCGUAAAUCUUUUCCGCAUGUCUUUUCUUUCCUCCUCCGGCGACUAUUUCAAACGGGAGAUGUAUAUUUUAUAAUAUAAUCUACAUUUCUAGAGAAAUAGACUAUUGAGUACGGUGUAUGUACAAGAAAAAUAUAUCAAAUGUGACAUACCACAGUAUUAUUAUGAUGAUGAUUAUUAUAGACUUGUGUGAUGCUAUUGCUGUGUGGCAUAUCCAGACACAGCACACGUGAAAAUUAUUAUUAAGUGAGUGCUGGGUCAGGUUCACAGGGUAAAAAAAGGAAAAAAAAAAAAAAAAAAAAAAAAAGCCAAGUAGAAUUCUCCGGAGCUUUUACAUAUAGAUAUAUCCACCUUUCACUCCCUGUAUUUCCACUUUAGAACCAACUACAUGUGCCUAACCAGCUAUAUGUGGAGGUUACUGUUCCAAGUUUACAGCGUGUAUAUAAAUAUCUACGGAAAGACGUGUACAGACAUGGAAAAAUAUCACAUUUUCUGACAAUAUGAUUAUUGUUUAUUCAUGCCCUCACUUUUUUUGUUGACACUGCAUGUUUUUGUGAGCCUGGCGACAAGAGAGCUAAUUUUGUAGCCUUUUUUGUUGUGAUUGAAUAUAUAUAUAUAUAUAUAUAUAUAUAUAUAUAUAUAUAUAUAUAUAUAUAUAUAUAUACACAUAUACAUAUACAUAUACAUAUAUAUACACACAUAUACAUAUAUAUAUAUAUAUAUAUAUAUAUGAGAAUUUUACAAUCUUUGUACAGAGAUUCUUAAAAAGUGAAGAAGUUGUGGUUCAUUCAUUUUGCAGCAGUUGUGGUUGAGGCGCAGCAAACAAAAGCACAAAGACCCGCUUUUUUUUAUACUUUUACUGCACUGUGAAGGACAUCUCGAGGAUUCAAACAGUAUCAAUCCACAGUAGCAGAGGUGUUUGGAUAGCCGCCCAGCUCUGAAACUAAUCUUUAUGUUGCAUAUCCCACUCUGUGUGCACAGUGCAAACACACCAGACUGACUUUACGACACAAAACACUUCCCAAAAAGUGCAAAAACCCCCAACAUGCAGAGCCAGACGGACAACCCCGAGUACCUCAGCCUUACAUGAUCCAGGCCUCUGUCCUCAGGGGAUUCUCUACAUGACGCCACAAAACCGCCCCAGGACACACGGGAAUACAGUGCUUUUCUUUUAUAUGUCAUUCUAUUCCUGACCUGAUACUCUUGUAGCCAUUUUCUGCACCACACUCACAGGCAGGGCGGAUGCAGACAGCGCUCAUCGUGCAUUUAGUGAAGGAGGGGGCCUUGUGGCAGCAGAUUUGAGUUUUAGUUGGGACAUUUCUGAGAGGCUGCUCUGAGUGGGGGAACAAUAAAGACAAGUAAAUGUUUUUGAUUUAUUUUUUUAUUCAUAUGAUAUUCAAUUAUAUGUAUGAAUUAUUUUCAUUCAUAUAUAUCAAAGGGGUGUAAUUCAUUUGUCAUAAAAUAUAUCUUACUCAAAUCUUGACUUCCACUGCUGCUAAUUUCCUUUGUGUUUUUAAUUGCAUUAUGUAAUUAUACAUUUUAAUAAUAGCAUUUAUACACUGGUUUUCUAUAGUGAUUUUACAAGUAUUCAACAACGCUUGACACGAAGCAAAUAGAACAAAUUUGAUUAUAUUUAUCGUUUUCUCAGGCAAUUCUACAUUUUUCAAAUUAUUUAAUCAUUAAAAAUAUUGUGUUAGUUGUUAUGUCUUGUUACAAUAUUAGUAACAAAAAUCUGAUCUAGAUACUCUUACAUAAAAUAAAUUGUAUUUUAUUUACCUACAGAAGGGUCUAAUUGCAUUUGAAUGUUUUAUACCCCUAAGAGAUGAGACAAUCCUUACUAUACAUUUUCAAAUAUUUGUUAGAAUCAUUAAUUUGAUAUUACUGGUCAUUUUAUUUAAUUUUAAUAAUAAUACUUUACUUUUGCUUUAAUGUAGCGCUCUGGUUUUACAUUAUUCUGUUAUUUUAUUGUAUUUAGACCCCUCAGAGCAGCUGAGGGAUGUGCGCAUCUGAAACUCCAAUGUGCCUUUAGCGCUGAGGUUGUACUGACUGGUAUUUGGUGUGUAUCAACACUGUAAUAGCGUAAAGAGGUGGAUCACAGACAACUGAGCAAUUACUGUGUAAUUAACACCCUGCCAUUCUUUUGUUUACAAGAAUAAUGUAAAUACAGUUGCCAACGGACUCUUCUCAAUAUCACAUACAGUAUAUUGUUACUGCAACAUUAUGACUAUUAGUUGUAGUAUGAUUAUUGCCAUUAAAAAGGGGGGCUCAUUGUUACCACGGCUCUCAUUCUUACAGUAUAAGUGUGUUGUCAUAUAUAGAGACGGGUUAAAAAAAAAAAAAUGCUAGUCAAGAGUGAGUCUUGUGUACAAUAGCUAGCGUAAUCUUAAAAGCGCAGCUAGGAUGGAGAACAAAGACUCUGGGGUCAAUGAUGGACCAAGACAGUCAGGACGGACGGAGGAUCCAAACAUGCUUUUUGUUCCAUUUUGAACUUCCAUGCAGCGGAGGAACAACAGACUCUGUGUAGUCCACUAGCAAUGUAGCAACACCUCUGUCAUCUCCCUCAACACCAGACGUCUUCUUCUGUCCAAUACAGUGCCAAGGCAGCAUACUGUACAUACAAACAUUCUUUGACUGGAGCAUAUAGCAAUAGCAACACCAUUAUCAUUAUUAUUAUUAUUAUUAUUAUUAUUAUUAUUAUUAAGACAUAAAUGUCUCCUAACUCCACCGAUGAUGCACGAGAAACACAAAAGGGGUGACUUUGAAAAUGCAGUAUGGGACAUGGUUCAUGUUUGUUUGUGUUGUAUAUCUCUCAUUGUGUACAUACAAAUUUGUUUUCUAAGGAUCUGGUUGUGUCCAAGGAAAGCCCAGAGAGAUGGCACACUGUGAUGUGGUUUACUCCCCCCCCCCCCCCACCCUCCAACACAGAAUGUAACACUGUUGUCAAAACAUUUUCUAAUGGCUAAUAUAAUUAUUACUACUAUUAAUAUGAUUACUAUAAAGCUAUUUUAGCCAGUUAAACGAGGCUGCUGUGUCUCCUUUGUCUUUAUUUGCUAUCUUUUUGAUGAGUUCCUCUUUUCUAGGGGUUUACACUGAAGUUAACGCAGAGGACAAAUGGAUGUGAGCUGGCAUUUCGAGUCAAAUGUGCUCUCCAGUGGGCAUUGUCCUAACAAGUCCACCCUGAUGUAAACUGACUGACACGACUGUGGGGAUGUUUUUGCCACUUCACACCAGAUGUGGCAAACAGCUGCCAGUAUAGCCUUUGAGGAGCACAAUAUAGGAGUCUGAUGUCAGGAAAAAUUAUGAUUUUUGCACAAAAAGAAGAAAACUGACACAUUUUGGAAUGUGGGAGCAAACCAGAGUACCCGCAGAAAACCCAAGCACGGGGUGAACAUGCAAAGUUCACACAGAGAUGCCCAAGCGGAGCUUGAACCCAGGUCUUCCCCAUCUCCUGACUGUGUAGCAAACAUGCUAACUACUCAACCCACAAAACUAUUUUAUAGAAUAUUAUUUUAUGAUACUAUAGUAUUUUUAUUUUUAUAAAUAUGUCAUACGUACUUUGAAACUACAGGAGUUUUAACAAUAAUUACUUUAUAAUUAUUAUUGCAUAUUACUUAUUUUAUUUCAGACAAAUAGGCCAUAUAAAAAGGGGAAACAAGGAAUUAAAUACAUACUAAUAAAUUGUUGUUUUUUUUCAAUACAUAUAAACUAUACACACAUAUACCGGUACAUUGUUAUUGUAGCAUCUCACUUUACUUUGUUUCGGCACAUUAUUUUUGUUUUUUUAACAACCUUGAAACUACAGAAGUUACCUGAAAAGAUGACUCGCAAUCCUAAUCGUUUGUGAGAUGUAAUUGCAGCGGUCGGUAAUAAAUAGAAUCGUAAAAGUAACUGUCAUGAAAGUUCAGAUUUAAAAAACAUUAUACUGCAUUAUUUGUUUGUAAAAAUAGUAAACAAGUUUCAUUCAUAAUCAUCCAAUCAAUAAAAAAAACAUUCAAAUUUGAGUCACCAAGGCAACCAAGCAAACACGGAAUAGGAGUGUUCCAUUCUUUCGUUUAUAAUGCACAUUAAAAUGAGUUCGGCCAUUUCGAUGUUCUUAACUUUGUACCUUCUGGUGUUGACUGUUUACUGUACGCCAUCCAGUUUGAGGGUCCAGGCUUGUCCUUGUGUGAAAGGCAGCUCAGGUAAGAGAAUAUUAAGGCCGGCAUAUGGCUGGACUGGCGACCAGGACAAAGGCUUGGGGUCCCCCAACAACGUCACCUGGAUGAGGGUCGACAAUGUGUGGUUACAAGGUGAGUGUUAACCAGCUAGUUUUCCAUAUAAAAUAUGCAAAUAAAUAUGUUGACAGUCAGUUUGAAGGGUGUUGAGCUAAGCGGGUUCCACUGAACAACACCGUGUUUACCUUAGU